AUCGCGCGAGUCAGCACCGUGGCCGUGGUCGUGCCGUCGCCUGCCGCAUCGUUGGUGGCGCCGGCCACCUGCUUCACGAGCGCCGCGCCCAGGUUGUGGAAGCGGUCGGAAAACUCCACCGCCUUGGCCACAGUCACGCCGUCCUUGGUGAUCUUGGGCCCGCCAUACGGCUGCUCGAUCACCACGUUCCGGCCCUGUUGGGUGACCUGGACGGCGUCAGCCAGCUUCUCCACGCCCUGCAGCAUGGAGGCGCGGCAGGCGUCGCCAAACAGGAUGUCCUUGGCGGCA